GUUUCUGUGGCACCAAAGAACUGAAGCUACACUUAUAACACCUUACAAUGACUUAUAUCAAGAUAACAAUUCAACAUUAAAAUAUUAACAUAUGCUAUAAUUGUAUAUAUUAAUAUAUUUUUUGCCUUGUAAGAGUGAUUUGUAACUGAACUAUGUACUACAAUACAAGGUGCCCUGCAUGAAUCUUUUACUAUUUAGCUGGUGCAAUUUGCAACUUCUGGAGUCCAGUUUAUCUCACGCACCAGCGCGUGCAUCCGUCAUUGAGCCUUCGUCAAUGAUCGUCAUGGAAACGACGUUAGCGUCGGUAACCCUAUAAAUGACGCUGACCUUCUGAAAUCUUUCCCUUUGCUACGGGACUUUUGAAGGAGACGCCUGAAGGAGCAUAACGCCUCGGAAGGUUUGAACCUAGUGAGAAGUCUGCUUUGCAAAACUUGCUAAAGAAGCGCUUGCUGAAAUACGCACUUGCUGAAGAAUCCCACAACCCGGGAAAGAUGGAUCCUGGCCAGGAGAAGAACCAGCAGGGUGAUCAGCUGGAAGCUCAUAGUGUAGAGCUUCCAGCAGAUGGAUCCCCAACGUUGGAGGAACAUCCAGACGGCGGUAAGGAUCUUGGUAAGGUGCGGUCAGAUGUUGACCCUCAGAUGUCUGACAACGUGGUUUCUGGAAAUCAUGGCGAGGCGUCGAGGUGUAGUUCACCUCCUCUGUCUGAGCCCAUUUUGAGUCCAGAUGACUCCAGAUCUAUUGGUACUUCACAACGUCAUCAGGUAGGUUUGGUAGGGGAUGUGACUCGUGUGACAUCUGGGACCAGCGUAAACAGAAAGAGGCCAAAGGACAGUGACUCUGAAGAGGAGCCCCCUGCCAAGAGGACCAGGGAGAGUGAUGUUGAUGAAGAGGAACCUCUUCUCAGUCCCUCCACAAAUACGUUGUGUGAGGAUCCCGUUCAGUCAUUUCCACUCUCCAUUCCCUCGCCCAUGACAUUCUGGCUGGAUCACAUUAAUUCACCCUUCAGUAUUUCACCUCACAGUGCAUGUGAGGAUCCCGUUGCUGAAGUGGAGCUCCCCUCCAAGAGGUCCAGGGAGAGUGAUGUUGAUGAAGAGGAGCUCCCCUGCAAGUGGACCUGGGACAGUGAUGAAGAAGAGGAACCUCUUUUCAGUCCCUCCACAAAUAGGUUUUGUGAGGAUCCCGUUCAGUCAUUUCCACUCUCCAAUCCCUCGUCCAUGACAUUCUGGCUGGAUCACAUUUAUUCACCCUUCAGUAUUUCACCUGAGAGUGCAUGUGAGGAUCCCGUUCCGUCAUUCACUGUCCUCUGUCCCCCACAAUGGAUGGUGCAUGAGGAUUCUUCUCAGUCAUCCUCUGCCUCCAGUUCCUCGUCCAUGUCAUUGUUUGGGGAUCACCUUUUUUCACCCUUCGGUCUUUCACCUCAGAAUGCAUGUGAGGAUCCCAUUCUGUCCUCCCCUGUCGUUUGUCCUUCACCACCAACAUACUGCAAAAUUCCAAGUUCGUCAUUCCCUUGCAUAUGUGUCUGGAUGAAGUCUCAAAUGGACGAAGAAGAGGAACCUAUACCUUCAACAUCUGGGAUUGGAUCUGACAGAAUUAGAGGAAGAGUGAGUUCCAGACAAGUGUUUUUUAGACCUCAUUACGACUUGUCAGGUGAUGACUCUGAUUAGAGUGGGAUCUUGAAAAACCGAAGACCUACCUGAGAAGUCCCAUUAGGAAAACGUAAUUUCUCUGUUGUUUUUGUUAAAGCCAAUGGCUUUCUAGCAGGACCGAGGAUGCCUUAGGUAGCGUCUUGCACCGGGGCUUUUCUUUGUCCCGCUGCUAGAUUUUUUAUGUUAUGUUAGAUGAAAAUCUUUAAGGAUAAAAGAAAGAGAUAAAUAUUUGGUUAGGGCUUGGUCCAGUGACUUGGACCACCAUAGAUACAGUUUAUUCUGAGGUUCUGGUUCAUGGUCCUCACCAGUCUCCAGACUGCAAGCUGCUCUGUCAGUCCCAGUCAGAGCAGCUCGCAGUGAGACUGCUUCCUCCAAGAUUCCCCUUGCGGUUCUGACUCUGUUUUCCUCUCUACUCUCCCAUGUUUCAGGGUGUAAUCGCGGUGCUUCCCCCCACGAUGCUCUCUAAAAUUGUUCUCAUCUGUUCCUCCACUAAUCCAGUUUCCCAGUUUUAAUCUUUCAGGUUUUAGCUGCUCAUCGCUGGACUCUUUCGUCGUUGUCCAUGUGGUUCCUGUCCUUCUGGUUCCCUUCUUGUUGGAUCUCCUGAGCCUGGAUUCCUCCACCUUCAACACCACCAGUCAGGAGGAGGAAGAUAAGAGAACCCAGCUGACAAAAAAAUCAAUUCAUAACAGCAGAGCUUUGAUGAGCUUUGUGCUGAUGGAAGGAGGAUCAGGAAUAGAGCAGAGGACCUGCUGACCUACUGGUUCUAGUAGAUUCUAUAAAUGCAUGACUGAAACUAGUCAACAGCACUGGACCAAUGAGGAGAGAGGAGACACAGAGGACUGAGGAGACACAGGAAAUCCUGCUGGAAAUCCAGAGAAGUUUCCUGAUCCCAUGACGAUGAGUUGAUCAGAUACGGUGACCAACAGGUGCCAACGUGCAGCAAACAGGUGAAACGGCACAGAAAAAAUUCAAGGAUGGCCUUUCAACCCUGGAUGUCAUUUCUGCUUUGGAGCUUCAUGCUUCUGUGUUCAGGCCCUUUAUGUGCACAAGUGUGGAAAAGCUGACAUCAGAAAUGUUUGAGGAAAUCUUUGAGGUUCAGCUCAGCGAAAAGGGCAGCACCAGACGACAAGAAGAAACCAGACUGCUAGGAUUCUCCUAGAGACAGACCAAACCUCGCUUUCCUGUUCAAACACUAUCAAAAUACCAAAGCCCAAGACAUACGAUCAGUUCCAAAAGAGACAUGAACUUUGGGAUACAAAACUCUUUGGACUUCAAAUACAGAAUCACAAAACUCAAAUGUGGAUGUUGGCCUGUGAAGGAAGUUGUUAACUUGUGAAACCUGCUCUGUCAAAGUUCUGACUCUGCUGCGUUGUGGUUGUUGGACACACACCUUUGAACUUUAGACUCGUUCAUUUCCGAGUCUUGUGUAGUUUUCCACAUAGGAUUCCCAAGUCAGUGGAUGCAUUAGGCCACUGUCUCUGGAGGUCCUCAAACUGUCCCUAAAGACGGUCAUGGCCACAUUGACUGCUGUUUGACUCGGCCAUAAACUGUCCCAAUUCCUCCUGGGAGUCUGGGAACCCACAGUCUGUUCUGCCAAACCGAGGAGUAAAAUAUGCACAGGACGCAUAGAUUAGUUAUAUAUUUACAUUUCUUCAUUCAACUGUCACUACCAACUGUUAUGAAUAUUGUUGAAAACUGUUGUAAUGCUUGAUUGUAUUUAUGUCAUCAGAAAUUGUUACAAUAAAAGUGACAUACUAUUA